AUGGAAACGGAAACGGAAACGAAAGCGGAAAUAGGAGCAGGAGCAGGAGCAGGAGCAGGAGCAGGAGCAGGAGUAGGACUGGCAGACGCCGCGGCGCCGCGGCUCCCCCGCGUGACGAUCCGGUUCUGCACGCAGUGCAGGUGGAUGCUCCGCGCGGCCUACCUCGCGCAGGAGCUCCUGUCGACGUUUCCCGCCUCGCUGGGCGAGGUGGCCCUGCAGCCGGCCACGGGGGGCACCUUUGUCGUGGCCAUCCAGCACGAGGGGGGCCUGGGCAGGGUGCUGUGGGACAGGAGCGCCGACGGCGGGUUCCCCGAGACCAAGGAGCUCAAGAGGCGCGUGAGGGAUGUGGUCGAGCCGCGCAGGGAUCUGGGGCAUGUUGAUCGGCACGACGGGGCAGCGUCGGCCGCGGGGUGCCGAGACUGUAGCGGAUGA